AUUUUUACAGAAUUUACCUUCAUAUAUAAUUUAUGAUUCAUAAAUAUGUCAACAUUUUAUUCAUCACACGGCUGAAAUGAACCUUCUGUGGUUCUCUUAUACGCGAGAAAAGUUAAUUUCGCUUCAUGACAAAGUGUACUAUCUAUUCAUUAAAUAUUAAUCAACACAAAAAAUAAUUAAUUAUAUGACUAUGCACGAGUAAUAUAUUUACAAGGUGGAAUAAUGAAAAUAAUUUUCAUAUUACGAUUCCUGGAACAUUUAAUGGCACAUAAAAUCCUCCAAAAACAACACCGUCCAGAAAUCGACCUGUUUACGUGACAUCUCUGUUUUCAGUUUUACGGUUAAUAAAUUACGAAUACCCCAUUACGGCGAGUUGGGGCGUGUUUGAGGUUGGCUUGUCCCUUCAUGCGGACGAAAUUACGCGAGUGACAGGGGACACAUUCAUCGAUAUCGCUGUGCAAGUGAAUCCCUUGGAAAAAUUCCAACUUCGGAGUUGAAUGUUUCAAUGUCCUCGCUUCAUAGCGAUGCAGAAUUGUAGCGAGUUCGUUGUUUCGUUGCUGUUCCCAUCGGUUUUAAUUACUUUUGUCCAGUAAAGGAAGGAACAAUUGUUGAUAUAUGUAAUGACUUUCUCCUUAGGAACACCUAGUAAAUGAACCCUAGGAAUGGCGCAGAAAAUCACCGUCCCAGGUCCAAUUAAUCUUAAAUUAAUCUCAAAGCCCACAAUUACAUUUAAACAACGUAUUUUCGAACUCAACGACGAUAGUUCUAAUUAAUUUUCUCACUUCCUGAAUUGACAUGGGAUACCUCAAAUUUGGAUACCCUAUAUAAAUCCGGAGGUCGAACGGCUUAGAGCUAUCAGUACUACAGCGAACUCGGUAUCAUGAAGACCGUUUCAUUGAAUAUUGUGCUUCUCAUGUCAGCAUACUUGACAGAUGCUGCACGGGAAAUUCAACCGGAGCAAAAGCAGAAACGCGGUGUCGAUUUUUUCGGACCGCCAGGGUUCGACCACUUGGGUCUUCUCCCCGUGUACGAUGCUCCCUGGGCACCGGGGAGUCCCUUCGGCCCAUGGGCAGGAUCACUAGCAUCCGAUCUUGAGUUGCGUCAAGUUCAAACACAGGCGACUCGCGAUGUGGCACUCCAGGUUCUCCAGGACUCUGCUACGGGUACACCCAGUGUAGCGUACACACCCGAGAUCGUACGAGCUAUCCAGCAGGCCAAGACAGCAAAUGAGAAUGUUCUAGUGGCUCAACAACGAGUUGCCGAAAUUAAACAUGCCACUAUCAUACAGCAGAAGAUAGCAUUAGCCAAAGAAGCUGCGGCUCGUGUAGCAGCAGAAAGGUCCGAGGCCAUUUCUGCCCAUACACAAGCGGAAGCUAGAGCGAGUGCCCAGCAGCUCGUAGUUCUUCAACAAAAAUUAGCAACGUCGAAGGACGCUGUUGCUGCAGCGCAGCGUCUUGCUGCUGCUCGGGAGGCCGCUGCAGCAGCUGCUAUACAGCGAAAUGCGUCGGAAACUGCUGCCCAGCUUCGCAAACAGGACGUGGAUAAACAAAUAAGCCAGAGCGAACGGGAAGCCAAGAUUCGUGAUAUUGCUGCUGCCAAGCAACAUGCAAUCGCCAAAGCAGUGCACCAUGCUGCCAUCACAAAGCCCGUGAUUAACCAUCAUCCCUGGGCUUAGUAAAUCUAGACAAAAAAAUCGGCGGAAAAAACCGCGUCGAGUUCUAACAAGUGAUCGGUCCGUUUUUUUGUCAGCCGGAUGUAACCCCUCAGGUACGGCGAUUAUACCACAGACAGCAGGAAAUAUUCAGUAACUAUUAGCCCUUUUUUUAUGGUUUGAGGUUCUCAUUAGAUCCUCUUUCAUAAUUAUUUAAUUAUCAGUGUAAUUUCCGCGUAAUGUCGCCGGCCAAUGAGAGCGCACAGCGCCAUUUAGGCGCGGUACUUGAGGGGUUGAUGGGGGUUUAUUCAACUGCUAUCUAGAAUAAGGUGUUUAAAGCACACCUAAACAUCAGGAAGUAAUUAUCAUAACUGGUGAAGGUUUCCCAUUACUAUUCACGAGAAUUCCCGUUCAUUUUUUUCCACUUGUUGCAAUAAAUAAUGGUGAUGAAGCAGAAAGGGAAGAUAAAGUAAGUCCAUAUUUCAACAAAUUGGACUAUCGUAACUAGAUUUGUCAUCUCCUUCAUCCCCACCAACGUGUCCCGCAUAAACUCCUGAGAGCAGGGCGCAACUCACUGCGCACAACACACUGGUGAUCAUGCCCUGUCCUCUUAAUACUGUAUUGACAA